AGGCAAAGCCAGAUGAGGUGGUGUUGGAUAUAGAUGAUGGCCCCAAAAGGAAGAAAGACAAAAUGUUCAAGAAGAAACUGAAAGAUGAAGGAAGCGAUGGGAUCCCAAAUCUGGCCGCCUUGAAGAUCUACGACGGUGAUCUCGAGAGUGAAUUUAACAAUUUUGAAGACUGGGUGAAGACCUUUGAACUCUUCAGAGGCAAAUCUUCAGAAGAUGAUCACAGCCUGGAUGGAGACAGAGUCAUUGGAAAAUUCAAGGGCUCCUUCUGUAUCUACAAAAGCCCAGAGGAGUCUACCUCAGAGGACAGUGGGCAGCUGAGAAUCCAGCAAGGGAUUCCACCCAACCAGCCCAUACAAGUACUGAUCAGGGUGUACAUUGUUGCG